UUAAAAAAUAGCAAAGUUUCUACACAAUUUAAUUAUUAUUAUUAGAUUCCAAUUCUAUAAUAUUCGCCAAUAUAUCGACUUACAGAACUAAACCAAGCUUACUCAUAAUGGUCUUUCCAAGAAGUUUAAAGGAAUCACUCAGAAAUGGAAAAAUGUCUAAACGGAAUUGCAGUUUGACCUUAGUUGUGGUAGCUUAUGAUCAAAGAUCUAACCAAACUGAAGAACGAAAUAUAACUUAUAUUAUCUCAUAUAAAACGCCUCAAAUGAAUAGACCUAACGGUAAAUACAUAAUCCACCAGAAAACUAGAUCUAAAAGGCCAAGGGACAUUCCUAAAGCGAAUUUCGAAAAUUUAGAGGAAUUUUUGCAAGGAAUAGAAGAGUUGAAUCCUGCUGCCAUUGAAGAUUUUUUGCAGCUUAUUCAAGAUAUUGGGGCCAAUGAUGCAGUAGGUUUAUGGGCGAUGUAUUUUCUUUCAUGA